CGAAAUCCUCGGCAGGCAGAAAUUAUACAGUGCGGAAUGGUUUCGGGCACGAGGUAGGUAUGUGACAGACCGGUGGGACUUGGACUUAUCAACUACUCCAUGGGUCGUAAAAUCGUGGUCCCAUGUUAGCGUCAUCAUCAUCCCUCAACACCAGAUGGCCCUGCAAAUCUGCCCAAGCUGCUGGAGCUGGAGCUCAACCCCUCCAACCCAAGCCCCAACUCACGAUAUAUGUGUCUCAAUCUAACCAAUGCGCACACGGCAUGCUGCUGGGCGGUAAAGCGACUCUCCUCCUCUUUUGGACAAGGGAAGGGGGAAAGUAGAUGACGGAAUCUCUCCAACGUAGCAGUCGGCAAGCUCGCAUGCCAUGGGGAUCCAUCCAUCUCCGAAUGAAUUGCUGUACUGAACAGGUAAGGCAAGCAUCUCAGCGAACCAAGAAAAGAGGUCCGAAAACCAGCUUUGUCACAACAGGACAGCACCACUUCCGGUUUAAGCAAUCAUAUCAGAUGGGGUCUAUGAAAUAUGGCAUGGGGUUGAGCAGGAAAGAAACGACGGGAGAUGAAAACAACACCAUCGCUGCGAGAAGCAUCACAGCAUAGCUCUGAACAGCACAUAGUAACAACAUGCUAUAUCUCCAAGACAACACAUGAGAGGCUCAGAGUCAGCAUCAGAUUGAGCGGCCGUCUCCAUGAGAGCCAGGGAACCCCCUUGAUAGCCUCCAAGCGGUCAUCUGGGUCGUGGCAUUGAACUGUGCCGUGCAAGGCUCAACUGUGAGCCAUGCAGAAGAGACAGACACUGGAAUUCAGACACAGCUCGCUGGAUGGAUGCACUGUAUUUCUCAUGCCAUCCAUAGAAAGACAGCUCCAGGUUUGACAUGACCAGAAUCAACACAGACGGAGCUGUCACCCAACCAUUCAAAGCGACAGCUUCGACUUUUGGGGCGAUAGAUGUGCUGCUAGAAAUUCAAUGGCAUAAGCAUAUCUUCCCGCGGGGUCGGCGUGGGCCGAUUCUCGAGAGAGCCUCAGCCCAUUUUGGGUCCGCUGCCACACGACGUCGCCGCACCCCCCUGCCCGAAAGCGCCAAACCCUCGACCACAUCUGUCGAUUGUGACCUAGCUAUAUAUCCCCUUUGUGCGCGUUCGCUGGCCAAACACAACGCCCUACGUUUACGCAUCGUUAUUGUGCUCAUUCACUUAUAUACAGAGAUAGAACUCAGCUAUCGACUCUGUGUCUUGCUCAACUGAUCUGAUACAAUUCCCCACAUUGCCACUUACACGCCCUUGAUCCUCAACAUCAACGGCCACCCUGACAGCAACCGCACGAUAAAACUCUUCAAAUAACGCGAUAUAAACAUUCAAAUCAGCUCGAAAGAUAAAAGAGGAACACAACCCCUGUAUAAUCGAAUAUCCCACUCCCCAGCGCCAUUUAAUCCCGGCACACAGUCCCUUACCUGGAACAGUGCGCCUGGACAACCCGGAUCACCAUUCAGCAUAUAUAUAUACUCCAAACCUCACUCAGAGAAGAACGCCUUAUGGCGGCUAUGAUGUCGUCUGUCAACCCCUUUACACCGGUGACCCCCCCACCGGAGAGCCACUCCUUUCCUAAACUUCCUGCCCAAAGGCCUUUACAGAACAACCUAAAACGAAAGGCCUCGAUGCAAGAACCCUUCAGCGGCCUGGCAGGCCUCAACACUCCCACGAUGAUGGCUCCUCCUCCUCCUCCGACUUCACAACCUAGGAUGUCCUCGUCGCCAAACCGCAGUUCUGGGCCUAGCUCCAGCAACACUCCUCAGCCCAGCGAGUCAACAACCCCCGAACUUCCCAGUAUCGCCGGUGCCAAUCUCGACCCAAAGUACCUCGCCAUGGUUUCUCGUAUCGCUGCUUAUUAUCAGCAGAGGUGCCAGGCUGUUGCCAACUACCAACAGCAACGAUGCCAGGCUUGGGCCAACAUGCACAGACAAAAGUGUCAAGAUAUGAUGCAGGCGUCUAUGUUGGUUGUGGCUUGGUACGUGAGAGAUCGAAUCCAGCGCAGGCGAAGAAGGGAGAAGCGCCAUUUCAGAUCCGGCUUGAGACGCAGGACAGACCAGAAUAAAAUCGCACGGACUGAGGUCGUUCGUCGCUGGGUCAAGCAGAUCCCCGAGGGACCCGAGUCACCCAACGAGCCCAUCAACGUUCAGCUUGCCGACCGUGAAGAGGCCGAGUUCUCCAUGGAUCGUGAGACACAGCCGGACAAGGACACCAAGCUAUUCGAGAUGGCCGACAAUCUUAUCAAGAGCCAGUACAAGAAGAUUGAAGUUCCUAUAAUGGGUGUACUCAACUUUGACGAAAGCGACAACGACAGCGAGAGUGAUCUGGAUGAGCCAGAGCCAGAGCAGUACGACGAGAUGGACGAAGCCGAAGACUUGGCUGAAGACGACGAAUACUACGAAGUGGAAGAUGAUGAGCUGUACGACGAUGAGGACGAAAUCGAAUACACAGGAGACGGUGCUUCAGAGGUUGUUCACCAUGGCACAGGUACUGGCUCAGGCAGCCGGAACAAUAACUUGAGUGAAACCUCAUAAGAAUUAUUUCCCCACCCUCGACAUCUCAACAAUCAACCCUCUUCCGAGGGGCGGGGCGAGGAACCUCUCUAAUGACGACAAGGAAGCAUCUACAUCCCGGCGACAUAACACAACUCCAACAAUUAUGGGCACAUUUGUACAUUGGUUUCUUUUUCAGGGAACGGCGCAAUAACACGGCGGGUGAUGGUCCACAACGAACUUACACACUGGAGUCAAGAGCAUCUCCAUUUUUAUAUCUGUUUCUCAUGGCAUACAUACAUCGAUGAUACCUUUUUCUAGCAUGGCAUAUUUGGGUUUAUUGUUGGUUUUUACUAGGACAUCAAUGUAGGUCUACCUGGUAGUGGAUCUGGUAGGCAGUCGUACGCGAUUUGAGCGUAUAUAUACAAUCGACAUAAAUGAAGAUAUUUCCAUCUGGACAUCCGUUUCCCAAUUCUGUGGCUGCGGAGACAAAACACAGUUCAGGAAUGCUACUAAUUUGGAAAGAAACCGAGCACUGACACCUCGUAAUACCGUGGGAGUGGUCGAACUGCCGCAUUCUACUACGCAGUACUGCACUUCAUUGAUCAGCGAUGAGACAAGAGGGGAAACGCCAAAAAGAGCGGGAAAUGGCAUGGUAAAAAUCGAUUAUCGUAGCAUUAAAUCGCUUGGGCUGGGUCGGGCAGUGCGUACUGUACGGAGCACUCGGCAGUAAAACAGCUCAUGAAGGGUGAGGAAUCGUUCGAUAUUUCCUCGUUUUAGGGCAACCUAUUCUGCAGGCUGGUCUGGGCUUCAAGGUGCUGAGUAAACCGGUGAGGGAGGAGGUGACAAUGUCAGAUAAGCCAACUACUUAGUUAGGCACCUUACCGAGCACCUCGUGAAUUGAUGAUGUUUGGUCUUCUUUUCCGAGAUUGAGUGAAUGAGUGAAUGAGUGAGUGAGUGAGUGAGGAGUGAGAGACUCCCAGAUUCGUUUAUAUGCAGUCCAAGGUAUGAUCUCCAGCCUUAGUAAGCUUAGGUAGAGUCUUAAAUCCUCGCAAUAUUCAUCACGGCUACCUAGCUUCGCUCUACUAUAAGCCUUAUACCAUCAUAUAGAAAAGUCAUACUAUAUCAAGCCUUGAUCUUUAUAGAGGCAUAAAAAGGCAUUGCGGAGUUUCUUUCAUCUAGUACAGGUCAUUUGCUAGAUCCGAAUCAGUCAGCUAAGUCACCUAGCCCACGACAGCUGGCUUAUGUGCUGGCUGUGAUGAAUAUUGCAAUAGAUUAUGGUAACUUUGUAAUGACACUUUUAUAAACCACCAUUAUAAAAUCUCACUUUUUUCCACGUAUUCAACGAACAGCCUUAGCACUACCUACCGAAGCUACUAAAGCAUUUCCGGUUUACUGCUCUCACUUUUUUGCCUCGAUAUGAGUGAGAUUUGCUGCGCCUUGGUGACUUGAUGCGUCCAUUUACAAUGCUCGGAAGAUCUGACUGAAAGAGAAGGUCGCUUCAUGCUUGUGAAAGCGACUUGCCAUGAUACUGUGUAGGUAGCUGUUGUACGGAUACUUCAAUUUCCAAUCAAGAUCGUGGCUGCCGAAAGGUCGAAUUACAGAUUAAAUAAGGUAAGGUACCCACUAGAAAGUGCAAAUACAUAUUGUGCUUCGUCACCCAAGACUUAUUGCAACUCUGAUCUAUCAACCCGUGACGCUUUUCGCAUUCUACCUAGUACUUAUCCUCAUCACUAAAUCUUUCUCCUAUCAUUACUCUUCGC